AACCGUGAGGCGGGAAGUAGGAUUCUUUACACUCUCAAUGCCUGCUGCUGUAAUGUGGACUCAUCGUGCACGGAGGGUCACGACCGUUUUGGGCUCUGUGGCAAGAGCCUACACACACGCCGCUUUUAGAUCACACUAUGACGCACUGGUCAUCGGUGGAGGACACAAUGGACUAGUGGCAGCUGCCUACCUUCAGAAGGGAGGUUUGCAGACAGCAGUGCUAGAGCGCAGACAUGUGCUUGGAGGUGCAGCGGUGACAGAGGAGCUCUUCCCCGGUUUCCAUUUCUCCAGAUGUUCCUAUUUGCUCAGCUUAUUACGGCCACACAUUCACGCGGACUUGGAGCUGAAGAAACAUGGGCUGAAGGUGUAUAUGAGGGAUCCCCAUGCUUUUACUCCAAUGUUGGAGGAGGGGGUAAUGGGUAGGCCACCAAGGUCACUCACACUAGGCUCGGACCUCGCCGAGAACCAGAAGGAGAUCGGCAAAUUUUCCCAGAAAGAUGCAAAGGCUUUUUCAGAAUUUAUUUUGCACCUUGAGAAGCUAGCAGGCGCUAUCCACCCACUCCUGGAUGCACCUCCUGUUGACAUUCCAGGGGUCACAACUGGCUCAUUCAAGAGGAGGCUGGCCGCUGCCAAAACACUGAAGCCUGUUGUCAAAUGCGGAUUGAAAUUAGGCCGGAACAUUCCAGAGUUUUACGAAAUCAUAACAGCGCCAAUCAUGAAGAUCCUGAAUCGUUGGUUCGAGUCAGAGCCACUGAAAGCAACCUUGGCUACAGACGGUGUGAUUGGAGCCACAACCAGUCCCUGCAAUCCUGGCAGCGGGUACGUUCUCUUGCAUCACGUGAUGGGAGAGUUAGAAAAAGAAAAAGGUGCUUGGGGUUAUGUGGAAGGCGGAAUGGGAGGUGUGUCGAAGGCUUUAGCCAACGCCGCCCGAUCUUACGGCGCAGACAUUUUCACCGAAAAGGAUGUAGAAAAUAUUGUUGUUGACUCAGAUGGUGCUGCCAGGGGAGUUGUGCUGAAGGAUGGCACAGAGAUUCAUAGUAGAAUAGUUCUUUCAAAUGCCACCCCUUAUGUCACAUUCAAGAACCUCACACCGCAGGGUGCCCUUUCAUCAGAAUUCUUAAAAGCUGUCGAUCAAAUCGAUUACACCUCACCUGUCACCAAGAUUAAUGUGGCAGUGGACAAGCUGCCAAACUUUCGGGCAGCUCCCACACCAGACAACAAACCAGGACCUCAUCAUCAGUGCUCCAUUCACAUCAACUGUGAGAGUGUGGACAUACUGGAGGCGGCCUAUAUGGACGUUAUGAAUGGACGCCCCUCGACGAGGCCUAUGAUUGAAAUGACCAUCCCGUCUGUGUUGGACCCAACUUUGGCGCCCUCUGGCAGCCAUGUUGUGUCACUGUUCACACAGUUCACCCCCUUCCACAUUGAGGGAAGAGAGUGGACUGAGCAGGACAAGGAGGCCUAUGCAGAUAACGUUUUUGACUGGGUGGAGAAAUAUGCCCCUGGAUUCAAACAGUCGGUGGUGGGUAGGGACAUCCUAACUCCGCCUGACCUGGAGCGUAUUUUUGGGCUCACCGGAGGGAAUAUCUUUCAUGGAUCAAUGUCGCUGGACCAGCUGUACCUCGCGCGACCAUUGCCCUCACUCUCAGACUACCGUACGCCAAUUAAAGGCCUGUAUCUUUGUGGCAGUGGCAGUCAUCCAGGGGGAGGUGUGAUGGGAUCUCCUGGAUGGAAUGCUGCACUAACCGCCAUGGCUGACCUGAAACGCCGCUGACUGAUAAAAUAUCACAGUGUGCAUUAUAAAAUUAUAAAAAUCUGUGAAUAGGUGAAUCAGCAGGCAAACUUGGGUCCACUGCAAUAUUAAUUGCAUAUUAAUGCUAAAGGCUCACUUGUGAGAUGAUUCCAAGUAAAACAGUGCAAUGUUACUACACACAUACUUGGCUUUUUAAAAUGUAUGAAUUUAUAUAUGUAAUGCAUCCUUGAUACUGUACUGUAAACGGGAAACUGGUACAACAUACUUUCUCAUAAUUGCCAUAUAUGUUGUUUUUUAAUGUGAAAUCAAGCAAAUAAACCCGAAAGGAAGUGAA